UUCAGUUUUUUGUUUUUUUUAAUAGCAGAUGUCCACUGCUUACACAUAGAGGGAAGUUUUCAGUAGGAUUGUUACAGAAUGGUUGUGGUGUUGUGGACCCUCCUAUGGGGGCCACAGAGUAAAUCAGCUUGAUCUAAGCCACGCCCCCAUGCUUUAUUCAGGGGAGUUUAUCAGCGCCCACACGCUCAAAGCUCAGCAAUCCAGACUCAACAAGAGAGCAGAGAAGAAGAAGAAGCGCCUCAUGCUCACAAACGCAACAUCCCAACUGUUUCUUCUCUCCUGUGGACAUUAUUAAAACCCCGCAGCUCCGACAGGAUGGACUUCUUGGACAUGCGCUCACCUUAUGACUACACAUUUAAUUUCUGGAACGACUACCUCGGGUUGUCUACUCUUGUCGCCAAAAACAAGAUCAACAGCCCGAUCUGCAACCCGAACUCCAUCACCGAGUCUCUGAAAGCGACUCUGGGUUUGGAGGACGACUCCCCGGUUUGCUCCUGCCUGGUCGCCCAGGCCAGAGACGCGGACGGAGCCCUGGACAGCUGCUGCUGCUGCUGCUGCUGCGGGGCGCCCGCGGGCUCCCCGCCGAUCUCCAUCUACGACCUGAAGGAGCGCAUCUCUCUCCUCAGACCGUACGAGCGGCUGGGGGGUGGCGAGUCCCCCUCACACGGUGGGAGCUUCGCCGCCUUCGACCUGUUCUCCGCCGAGCGACGGCGCAAGCAGACUCAGAGGGGGAAGCCGGAGCCGAAGGUGUGCGUCUUCUGCCGGAACAACGGCGCCCCGGAGGAGGUCUACGGCACCCACAUCCUGAAGACGGCGGACGGGAGGGUCCUGUGCCCGAUACUCCGGGCGUACACCUGCCCUCUCUGCAGCGCCAACGGCGACAACGCGCACACCAUCAAGUACUGCCCGCUUUCCAAGGACCAGGCUGGCCAGAGGGUCCCCAAGGGGGCCAGAGCGUUCGGCAAAAGACUGAAGAUAUUUUAAGCAAGUGCAUGAAACAAAAAAACAAAAACAAAAAAAAAAGAAGAAGAAGAAGCCGAAGUUGCACUGGAGUUAACAGAGAACGACUUGAAGAGAAUAUCUUUUCCAUGUUUGCUCUGAAAUGCUUUGGUCUAUAUAUUGUAACUGUAUGAGCACAUAGUUUACACCCGGACGCAUUGUGCGUCUUAGUCACCCUCUCCCCAGCACUCUAAAGAUAAGAACCAAAGUACUGUCCAGCUCGACCUGUGAAUGACCACUUCCAUGCUGCCAUGUGAAGUCUAAACUGACGGCCCUGUGCAUGCGUCCAGCUCAAACGGAAGUGAAUGUGCAGCUCUCUCUGUUUUAGGUGAAUGUCUGUCGUCCACCGGUCUGUGGACGCAGGGAGUCUGAUGCAAACACUUCCUUACAUUCAGCACAUAUUUUCCUGAGAUAAACUCGUUUUUUUUUUCUACCAAAGGAAUACACUUUUAUAUCGAAACUUAUACCGAGAAGUGAUUUUUCUGGACUGUUUAUAUUGUUGGAUGUCUUAUAUUCUAUGUGGGUUGCAGUGAUUACAAAUUUAAGCUAAUUGUACAAUAGAGGGGGGAAAAAAAUUAACAUGACAUGCAAUUUUUUUGUGUCCAAACUAGUUCCCCUUUAUGUCCAAGAAUAAUGAAAGAAAAUUUGUUUUUUUAAUGUGGGGGGGAAAAAAAAGUGGAUUCUUGUAAAUGUAUAAAUAAUUUUAGAGAUGAAAAGCUUGACAUUCCAAAGUCUUUAAGUGUCAAUAGAAACGUUUAUGUACUUAUUUUUACCCGAUGUGUCACUGGGGAAUAUAUUCACUGUUAAAAACUUCUGAAUAAACAUGUGAUUUGCAGAUAAGUUUGACUACAUGACACUUUGACCGUAACCAACCGAGCACUUUUUGAAGAGGUCAAACAUAAAGAGCGCAUCUAUAAUUAGCUCACUUUAUAAACAACACAAGUCUGCCCCCUAGUGCUCAAAGCCUUCAACAGCAACAGAUAAAGAUGUUUGAAAAGCCCUAAAAUAAAUUCAUCUUUUAAUGCAAUAAUAUGGUCUCACAGACAAAGACUUUGAAAAAUCUAACCUCUAACUUGAGUAUAUUUGUCUAUUGGAAAACAAAUCACAUAUUAAUAAACAAAUGGCUUUAUGAAAACCGACAUAGCACAACGAUUUGCCGUCCAAAUAUAAAAAUGAUAAAGUAAGUGUAACCAAAUAAUUUCUUUUAAAAUUCAGGAUAUGUUUCCUGCUUUUUUAAGCUUUAGGGUGCAAAUUUGAUUCAACUCAUAUCUGUGUUUCUUUCAGCAAUUAGGCUCGACAGUGACUCGUGUUUCGUUUAUAAAUGGUGGAAUAUAAAGUCAGGGAUGUGCAAACUUUUUACCAUGCAGGAAAAGAUUGUCAAGUUCAAGGCAACUAGACAUUUUAUUAUCAUAAAUUUUUUAAAAUUAUUUCUUGUGGAGUAUCUGCUCAGUAAUAAUCUAAAAAUGCAAAAUAGUCAGAUUUUUGUAAAAUGUGGGUUUAUAUAGCCUUUUUUUUUUCCGUUUUUGGUUGAUGAUUUUUCAGGCUAGAGGACUUUUAUUAGUCUAAGCUCAGCAACAAGAAGGGUCAUAGGUCACGAGUUCUUAUAAAGGGGUUGCUGUAUUGAGGAACAGGGUUGUAACUGUAAACUCAAGACUCAUUAAUUUUAUUGGAAAGCCGCAGGCAUCCUGUUGAAGAUGAGACUCUUUAAGUACUUUUAUUAGGUUUUGCCCAGAGUAGUUCACACCAAGCUGCCUUUGUUUGUGGUUCUCUAAAGUACAUAGAUAAAAGAAAGUUCACCACUAAGGUUAUUUGUUACAUAAUUUGUGCAAAGAUAAUCAUUAAGCUCCUUUUAUCAACUUAAAAUUUGUGCAAAAACAAAAAAGUAGUAGACUAAAUCCAAGGCAUCAAAGUUGACCUCAGUCUCUUAAAUGAAAGAAAUACAGACAGAUUUACAUAACCUACCAGUAACCUCCUUCCAAAUUUGUCCUGCAACGUCCUAUGAUGAAUUAAAUACAACUCAGUUUAAUAUUUGUAUGCAUAAUCCAACAAACAAUAUCAAACUUUCACAUAAUUUACUUACUUUACUUUGCACACACAGUUUUCCUAAGUAGCUUAGCAACUAAAAAACAACUGGAAAGUCUUUACUGCUCUCUCACAAUCCAGCUGCACUCAAUUUCUACACUGUACUGUUUCUGGAGAGUGCCAGAAUAUUUAGUUCUUGUUAUUUGUAAUUGGCAAUUGGGCCAGCUAAUGAUGGCACAG